UACCGUCUUGACUGGCACCGCUUCAACCUGAAGCAGCGACUCCUGGGGCGCCGGACACUGCCAGUAGAAGUGUUUGAGGAGAAGACCCGCACAGGUGAUGUUUCCAGCAUCUCAGGGUCUGAUUCAGAUAGCUCCGAUGCAAGCAGUGAGUCAGACUCGUUGCCCUCUGCCAGCAACAACUCCAAGACCCCCCCAGUCCCCCGCUCCCACAAGGUGCUGCUCCGCAACGCGAACGGCCAGCUCAUCUCUGCCUACCGCUGCGUGCUGGGCACCAGGAAGGGUGGCCGCGAGGAGCCAGCGGAACUGAUAGCAUCACUGCAGAGCCUCAGUGCAAGCACCUGCUGGGUUGUGCUGAUGAUGGGCGGCGGGCACUUUGCAGGAGCUGUGUUUCGAGGUCCCCAGGUGCAGGAGCACAAGACCUUCCACCGCUACACAGUGCGAGCCCGGCGGGGCACAGCCCAGGGCUUACGGGAUGCCCAGACCCCAGGGUUGGCACCCAGGUCGGCUGGAGCCUCCCUGCGGCGUUACAACGAGGCCACGCUGCUCAAAGAUAUUCAGGAGCUGCUGGCAGCCUGGGCACAGCACCUGAAUGAAGCUCAGCGCAUCUUCCUCCGGGCCCCUCGUCACAGCCGUGCGGUGCUCUUCGGUGGCAAGAACCCACCCCUCACCCGGGGUGACCCUCGCAUCUACCACAUCCCCCUCAGCACCCACAGGGCCACCCUGCGAGAGGUGCUGCAAGUCCAUGCCACACUGGCCAGUUUGCAGGUGUAUGGGAAGGACACACCACUUGAGGACAUCACUGGGUCCCCCCGGAAGGGCUGGCAGAAGAGGCGGCAGAAAGCAGAGGUGGAUCCCCCGCAGGAGGACACAAGUGCCCCUGUUUUAUCACCCCCCUCAGCCCCAGAGGAGGAGGAGGAAAGCCCUGCAGGGGAGCUGGAGACUGUGGAAGUGACACUGGGGACCUUGGACCUUCGGGAGUUUGAAGUGAUGCCCAAGCGAAACCGCAAAAGGAGGAAGAAGAGGGACAAGAAGGUGGAGAAAGGGCCCCGUGAUGAAGACAUGGGAUGCCAUGGUACCCAGCAUGGGCAGCCCAGCCUGGAGCUGGUGACAGAGCUGCAGGGGGAGGCUGGGACUGACCCCCUUCCCUGGGGUGACAGAGGAGACCCUCAGACCAAGCUCCGUGAUGGCCUGUUCACCGCCUGCAAAACAGGGGAUGUGGGGACGCUGCGGAACCUCCUGAGCAUGCCAGAGAGCAGGGGGUUGCUGGGGGACCAUGAAGAAGGGGAGGGCACGCAGCCCCUGGAUAUGCCCCGCUCCCUACUCAACCAGCCCGUGGAUGAGCAUGGCUGCACCCUGCUUCAUGUGGCAGCACGUGCGGGGAAGGCUGAGGCUGUGUGCCUGCUGCUGCAGGCGGGGGCUGACCCUGCCCUCAGCGAUGGGCAGGAGAGGACCCCCUACUGUGUCUCUGCUGACAAACUGACCCGCAACGCUUUCCGCAAGUUCAUGGUGGACCACCCAGACAAGUACGACUACAGCCGUGCCAAGGUGCCAGGGCCCCUGACGCAGGAGAUGGAGGCCAAGAAGCUGGAGAAGAAGCGGGCACAGAAAGCCCAGCGGAAGCAGCGGGAGCAGGCACAGCGGCAGGAGCGGCAGCGCUGGGAGCAGGAGCAGGGAGAAAAGCAGCGGUUCGCAGCCCUGUCUGACAGGGAGAAGAGGGCACUGGCUGCUGAGCGGAGGCUGGCUGCACAGCUGCAGGACACCAACACAACUCUGGCCAACAUCAGCCGCUGCUGGCACUGUGGAGAGUCCCUGCUGGGCCGGAUCCCUUUCCAUUACCUUGACUUCUCCUUCUGCUCCACGGCCUGCCUGCAAACCCACCGCCGGGCCCGGGCCAACCACAAGUGA